GGUUCCAAGUUUACGGGCCGGGCUCGGCCGUCCAUGGCGCGGACCUGUAGACGAGCAGGAGGUCGGUGUCGCCGAGAAGAAGACGAAGGAGAUGGUGAUGAUGAUGAUGAUGAUGCUGCGCCGCGUCACCCCGCCCCGGUCCCCCUCCCCCUCCCGCCAUCCUCCUCCUCCUCCUCCUCCUCGUGUUUGGUGGACAGGAUGAGGACAGGAAGUGCGUGAUGGUGCUGCUGCUCCCCCUGCUGUUGCUUAGGAUGAACCGCACGAGGAGGAGGAGUAAGGCGGCAGCGCGGGGGCGGGGUUCCAAGAGCCAGUGGGCGUGGCCUGUAAACUGGUGGAACAGGUUGCGGUGAAGAGGAAGACUACACUUUGAAAAAGGAAGCAGCAGCAACCAUGGCGGUCAACAAAUGCAUCAAAUAUCUUCUCUUCUUUUUCAACCUUCUCUUCUGGCUGAGCGGUUGCAUCAUCCUGGGCGUGUCAAUCUACCUGAAAGUCAGCAAGGGCGGCAAUGUGAUCACCGACGAGUCUCUUCCCGGCAUCGACCUGCUGAUCGCCGUGGGCGUCAUCAUCAUGGUGCUGGGCUUCCUGGGAUGCUGCGGCGCCAUCAAGGAGAACCGCUGCCUGCUCAUCCUGUUCUUCGCCAGCCUCCUCCUCAUCUUCAUCCUCCUGCUGGCGGCGGGAAUCCUGGGAGCCGUGGGCGAGAGCAAGGUGAAGGACUGGGUGAAGGAACGCUUGCAGAAGUUCCUGCCACUCUCGCGUCAGCCACAGAAUGUGAGGAACGACCUGGAAAAACUGCAGGAGGAGCUCAAAUGUUGUGGACUCGUAAACGGAGUGUCCGACUGGGACGUCACUCCCGCCUCAUGUCGCUGCACCCCCACCGAGUCUGAUUGCGACUCCACUGGCGUGUACAACACGUCGUGCUCCAGCCAGAUUGUCCGUCUGCUGGAGAAGAACAUGGAGGUGGUGAUCGGGAUCGCCUUCGCCAUCGCCAUCCUGCUGAUUGCUGGCAUGGUGUUCUCCAUGAUCCUCUACUGUCAGAUCGGCAAGGAGAACGCCACCACGGCCUGACCACACCCAUCGUUGUCCCCCGGACCACCCAAGUGACCUCCACUCUCUGCUUUUAUUUUGAAGGAAUGUUUGGUCUUUUACUCCAUUUACUCUUUUUUGGGCUGUUGGAACAUACCAAGUCACACAAUUGAAAAAUGUCAAUAUUUCACAAUAAAAUCAAAUGUUUUAUUACGUUCCUUCAACAAUCAAACGUUUUUUAAUUGCUAUAUUCUUGACAAAGUCAUAAUGUCGAUUUCAUUCAUCAUAAACAAUAUCAAUACCACUCACACACUUCUUCACUUCCUAGCAUGACUCGAAUAAGUAAACAAAUGUACUGCUUUGGAGACGCACAGUUCAUGUGUGAUUACAGGGAUGGAAUUGGUUCACCCUAUUUUGUCUUGUUUUGAAGGAGCUCACUUCCUGUGCGCUGCCGUAUUGUAGUCGUGGCGAUGACGUUCUGCGACUUUUGCUACACAGUCAUGCUGAUGUUCCUCCACUUCCUUGUCAAACGUUUAUUUAAACAAUUUAAACAUGUAACACGUUUCUAAAUCAUUCAAUGAAGCGAACCCGCUAAUGUUCUAAACAGGAAGUGUCAUUAGUUCCGCCUCCUUGUUUCUGGUCCGACACAAUAACAUUGAGUGGUGGUGACUGCUCCAAUUCACAUGGUAUAAUAAAGCUGAUGUUACUCCA